AUGCACCCUCCCAAGAAAAAAAAAUACUCUAGCAAUAAACACCAAACUGAGCAUGUGCAUGUGACUAUGGCUUCAGUCUGUAUCAGGUGGUGGACAUUUGAACAAGAGGAGGAGCAGAGAAGUCAGGAUGAAAUAGCUGUUUUACACAAUGCAGAGGGUUAACCCCUUAGGUUCCACAGUGAGUAUAACAACCAUACUUUAUUGUAUAUACAAACUGAUUUUACUGUUGUGGGUUUAGUAACACUGUAAGGUGGUUGUAAAGCCUUAAAAGGCAAAAAAAACAGCAAAGCAU